CGAACAAAGGUCCCUCGCAAUGCAAACAUGCAAAAGCUUCGAAACAGCUACCUAUUUCCUGAGAUUGGUAUGAGGCAAGAGGCACAUAUGGAGAAGUACCCAGAUGCUAAGGUCAUCAGCUUGGGAAUUGGUGAUACAACUGAGCCUAUCCCAAACAUUAUAACAUCAGCCAUGGCUGAGUAUUCACUCGCACUGUCGAGUUAUGAAGGUUAUACAGGUUAUGGACCAGAACAAGGAAACAAGCCACUGAGGAAGGCGAUUGCUGAGACAAUUUACGCAGAUAUGGGUGUCAAAGAAUCUGAAGUCUUCGUUUCAGAUGGCACACAGUGCGACAUUUCCCGUAUUCAGUUGUUGCUUGGAUCUGAUGUGACGAUUGCCGUGCAAGACCCGACCUUUCCGGCAUAUGUCGACUCAAGCAUCAUAAUGGGUCAAACUGGUGAAUACAUUGAAAGUAAUGGCAAGUAUGAGGGAGUUGAAUACAUGAGAUGCACGCCAGAAAAUCUAUUUUUCCCAGAUUUUUCUCGAAUUCCAAGGACCGACGUCAUCUUCUUUUGCUCACCAAACAAUCCAACGGGUCACGCUGCAUCAAGGGAGCAACUACAGCAAUUGGUAGAGGUUGCUAGGAGGAAUGGAUCAAUAAUUGUGUAUGACUCUGUGUAUGCUGCCUACAUAUCAGAUGAUAGCCCAAGAUCCAUCUAUGAGAUCCCUGGAUCAAAAGAGGUUGCAAUUGAGAUUGCAUCUUUAUCCAAAUUUGCGGGGUUCACCGGAGUCCGUCUUGGCUGGACGGUGGUCCCUGAAGAGCUCCAAUACUCUGAUGGCUUUCCUGUCGGAAAAGAUUUUGAUCGCAUCAUGUGCACAUGCUUUAAUGGUGCAUCCAAUAUUGCUCAAGCGGGAGGCUUGGCUUGCCUAUCGGAACAAGGUUACAAGGCCAUACAAGAAGUAGUUAAUGUCUACAAGGAGAAUGCUAGAAUACUGAGAGACACAUUUUCUUCAAUGGAUUUGGAGGUGUAUGGAGGCACAAAUUCCCCUUAUAUAUGGGUGCAUUUUCCUGGUCGAAGAUCAUGGGAUGUUUUCGAAGAGAUCCUUGAGAGAACACAUGUUAUUACUAUCCCAGGUUGUGGAUUUGGCCCAGGUGGUGAAGGCUUCAUUAGACUCAGCUCAUUUAAUCACAAGGAAUGCAUUCUUGAAGCUUCUGAAAGAUUGAGAGGUCUUUUUGCAUAA